AUGGUCGACUACCGCCAAGGUCUCUCCAUCCUGGAGAUGAUCGUCUACAUUCCCGCCUUAUUCAUGGCUCUCUUCAUGGGCUUCCGUCACGGUUUUGGCCGUCAAGCCGGAUGGUACUUUUUCAUUCUCUUCUCGCUUGCCAGAUUGAUCGGAAAUGGCUGCUAUCUGGGCACAAUCAACAACCCCAACAACAUAAAUCUAUACAUUGCCUACGCCGUCUGCAAUUCUGUCGGAUUGUCACCUCUGCUUUUGGGACUGCUUGCUGGGCUAUCGCGAGUAAAUGACUCCAUCCAACGCAAAACUGGCACCGCAUACUGGCCCAUCAUCUUCCGCCUCAUCGGCCUCAUCUCUCUAGUCGCCAUGAUCCUCUCCAUCGUCGGCCAAACCUCCAACGACUCCAGCCUCGAAGCCGGCUACACCAGCAGCGAAGUCAAAGCCGGCAUUGCGCUCUUCAUCGUAACCUGGGUUGCCACCGUAUUCCUUACAAUCAUGAUAUGGUUCCGCUACGAAGGGAUUGAAAAUGGCGAGCACAGGCUACUAUGGGCCGUUACAAUCUCCAUAGCCAUUCUAUUCAUUCGACUUAUGUAUUCGAUCCUGUCAAUUUUCAAACAUGAUUCAGACUUCAAUUUAUUUACGGGCAACGUGACUGUUUUCCUGGUCAUGGAUGUGCUUGAGGAGAUUAUUGUGGUUUAUAUUAUGAUGUUGACUGGGUUGACGUUGCAGCUCAGAGAAAAGGCGGUUUAUGAUGCGGAUAAGGAAUUACAGCCUACUUCUGGCAGUGCUGCUGCUGAGAACACUUCGCAAUACCAGAAUGUUGGUUUGCAGGAGCAGGGCUACCAGCAAGGGGUUAGUGCCUCGGGAGGGGCUGCUCCUCGUCCCAAGCGGAAAUACAGGGGUGGUCCAAUUAGCUGGUUGGUUAUUUUCAUUUUGAAUAAGGUUGAGGGGAGGAAGUGA